AUGGAACCGAGGGUAGUGAAGCCGCCGGGGCAGGAUUUGGUAGUAGAGCGUCUGAAAAGCCUCUACGGACUAGGGGCCAGGCACCUCGCCGAGUAUGAUUUUUCAAAUUUUGAUCAGGCUAAGUGGAAGAGAAGAUCUCUAACCUCCCCAGAUGAUUUGGAUAUCUUCUCAUCUGGUGAUAAAGUUGGUUCAUCAUUAAGAUGUUAUUCCGAUGAAAGAAAGCAUUGCACAAUGCCACUUUGUAGUUCAUUCAAACACUUAAAUGUGAAUUGCCUAGAUGAUGAACUGGAUUCUUUUCAAGAUUUGAAGCAAAAAGAAGCAAAAGAAGACUUAAUUGAAAAUGAUUAUGGAGUUAGUACCUCCAAGAUAACCAAGCAGUCUUUUAAAGACAUAGAAAAAGUUGCCCAGCCAACUAAUUUGGCCGCAAAUUCAAGAAAUUGGACUGAAUGUUGUAGUGAUGCAAGUGACUGUCCUCUGAGACGUGUUAGCUAUCAGACAUCUAAAGUACCAAACAAGCAGAGAAUACUUCCAUAUCAGAUUAAUCAGAUAUAUGAUGAAUUAUUUCAAAUACAUCAGAAACUGCAGUGUGAAACUGCAGCCCAACAGGAGUUUGCUGAAGAACUUCAAAAGCGGGAACGUUUUUUAGUUGAAAGAGAACAACUGCUUUUCAGACAUGAAACUGCUUUGAGUAAAAUUAAAGGUGUCGAAGAAGAGGUUCUUACAAGAUUUCAGAUUAUAAAGGAGCAGCACAGUGCAGAAGUUGAGCACUUAACUGAAGUUCUUAAGGAAAGAAAUAAAGAAAGUAAGAGGCUAAGGUCCUCUUUUGAUGCAUUAAAAGAAUUGAAUGAUAACUUAAAAAAGCAGUUAAAUGAAGUAAGUGAAGAAAACAAGAAGAUGGAGAUUCAGGCUAAGAGAGUUCAAGCUCGUUUAGAUAAUUUACAGAGGAAAUACGAGUUUAUGACAAUACAGAGACUGAAAGGAAAUUCCCAUGCUGCUAACGAAAUGAAAAGUUUAAGACAAGAAAAAGUACCAGUCUCAAAAACUCACAAGGUACCACUUAAUGCACAAGUUUAUGAACUUUUAACUGUCUUCAUGGACUGGAUUUCAGAUCACCACCUUAGUAAAUUAAAAAGCGAAGAAUCUGGAAUGGAUGGUGAAAAGCCCCUACUGACAUUUGCUUCUCAGAGAAAUGAUAUUCAGGAGAAGUGUAUAAAGAAUCUUUGCAGCCUUUCCUGGAAGCCUGUAGCAACACUUUAUUUUUUCGUACUUGCUCAGUGCUGCUUCGAACCCCUAAGCUUGAUCUUCAAAUACUAG